AUGCAUACCGGUUGUUCGAAGUUUGAAACGCAAGUCUUGGUAAUUGGUGAGUUCGAACAUUUUUUUGGGUGAAAAUUGAAUUGAAAAUUGAAAAUCAUCAGUAUUUCCACAUUUCCACACAAGAAAAAUAGAUUUUCUGCUUUUUCAAAGCAAAUUUUGUCCAUUCUUGGUAAAUUCGUUGAAACCGAAUUUUUCCACGUCAUAACUCAAAUUCAAAAAAAAUUUUCUUCAGGAAAUGGUCCGGCUGGCAUUGCACUCUCCGCGUUCCUCAGCGGCAUGCAUCCGUUCUACAAUCCGCAUCGACCUUGCCUGAACCCGACGGUCGACGAAAAAUUGCGCGAAAAUCAACAUUUCUCGCUGCUUGAUCAGGUUUGUGAUUUUCUUUCGAGCCUUGCGAUUCACACUCGCGAAUUUGUCGCUCAAAAAAUUUCACAAUUUUUUUGCAACCAAAAAAAUUUGUUCGUGGUCUCUGCCUUUCAUGGCUUCUACUCUUUUUUUUUCACAUGGCCAUCUCUAAAUCUCUUAUUUGUCAUCAUCUCUCGCUUUAUCAUCAUAUUUCGAUUGGUUUUUGAUCUCUACAAGAUUUUUGAGAGCUUUUUGGAGAAAAAAAAGAAGAAAAAAGUUAGUUUACUAGUGAAACCAAUUGAAAGUGGAACCGAAAAUAUAAUGUAGUUUUAGUUUUUGGUUUAAAAAAUUAUUUUUGGGGGUAAAUAGAAGAAGUUAUGACGUGACAAAAUUCGCAAUUUUUGCAGGAUCUCUCAUGGUCAACAGAUCUCAGCGAAAUCAGUCAAUCUGGUCGACCUCUAAGCGUGCUUUAUGAUAUGUUAGUCAGACCUGGAGCCGAUACAAGUUGCGAAGAAUCCGAAGGCAGUUUGAUUUGGGAAAUGGAUCGAUCAAGAGAAAUAGAUCAUAUGGUAAUUGGAGAAACUCGAAUCGGUGGAUCUUGGAAUGAAUAUGAUCCCGAAAUGUUGACUGUUUCAUUCAGCGAUUGGUUAGAUAUGCCCGGAUUUUCUGUGGAACAAUGGUUGUGUGGAAAACCUUUGAUCAAAAGGUUGCCAUCGAUUGCGAUUGUGAAUUAUUUGAAAAGUCAUACGGAAAAAUUGAGGAUUCGGAAGAGAUUCAAAACUGGGUUUCGAGUUACGUCAAUUCGAAAAGUUGAGGAUUAUUGGAUCACUGAAGGGCGAAGGAUUUCUGAUAAUCGACCAUUUGUUAUCAAAUCGCAGAAUGUUGUUUUGGCUUGUGGAAAGACUGCACAACGGAAAUUGGGGAUUUUGAGAGAAGAAGAAUUGGAGGAGAAACGCAAGAUUUCAUAUGAUGUGAAGGAGUUUAAGCGGAUUUUCAGUGAAGAACCGUGAGUUUUUAAAGGGACAUACAGUACCAAAGUAUUCUGGAGAUUUUUCUGAUCAUUUUGAUAUAAAAUAUGCCGCGUGGAAUUUUUGGCACUUUGAAAAAAGCUUUUAGCUGAAAAAAUUUGAAAAUUUCAAAUUUCAGACCAAUCGCCACGUGGCUUUUUUGGCCCUUGAAUUUUCAAAUUUCCAAAAAAAAAUAAAUAUUUUAUCUGAAAAAAAUUGAAUUUUCCCAAAUUACCAUUUUCAAUAAUUUUAUAUCGGAAGUUCAGUCGAAGAUGAUUUUCUGAAAUAUGUAGUUCCAAGUUCUAGACAUUUUCAGAAAAAAUGGAUUCGAAAAAUUUCAGAGGCUUCAAAUUUUUUUCAAUUAGGAGAAAAAUAUUCAGAUUUCAAUGAAAUUUUUAGUUUUCAACAAAAAUCUUUUUAAAAAAUCCUCGAGUUUUCGAAUUUAGGAAAAUUUUCGAGUCAAAAUUUGGGACAAUCCUAACCUAAAAAUAAUUUUUUUUUUUUCAAUAAAAUUUUUUAAUUUUGCAGAUGCACAUCCUCAUCCUGCGCUCCAGUAAUUGUAGUUGGCGAUGGAAUAUCAUCAGUAGAUUGUGUUCGACAUUGUCUAGAAAAUGAAAUCCCCGUGAUUCAUGUGAUGCGAAGAAGUCUGAAAGAAUUGCGAAAUGUGAUGAUGUCUCGAUUAUCACCGAUCUAUUAUUCCGAAUAUACAAAGAUCUAUCAGAUGAUGAUCGGACGAGUGAAACAUCCGAAUUAUCGACGAUUUUUGGAUGCGCAAGUUGUGAAAAUUGAUGAAAAUUCUUGUGAAAUAAUGCAGGGAAAAGAUGGACGCAUCGAACUUCCAUUUUCACACAUGGCAGUUUGUAUUGGACGAGAAUCGACUUUUGAUCAAAUCAUAAAAUCUCCAAAUUCUUAUAAUUUCCAUGAUUAUCGAAGUUUGGAAGAUGAGACACUUUUUGCUGUUGGAAGUUAUGCUGGCGAUCAUUUUGUGAGGUUUUUGGUUGGUGGAUGUCUUCGAGUUGGACAACAUUUACUCAUGUCGAAUAAUCUACAUAAUAAUAACAAUCUUGUUAAAUAA